AUGGACACGUACGUCUUCGUCUACGGGACACUCAAGCGCGAACUCGUCAACUACAAGCGCUAUUUGCACCCGGCCGAGCUCACAGGAAAGGCCGAAUUCGUAGGCACGGGACUUACCGCCUGUGCUGAGUUCCAUCUGGUGCUGAACUCUGACCGGUCCGUGCCGUGUAUGUACCGAGCGCCCGCCGAGGGCUAUCAAGUUCCUGGGGAGGUCUAUCGCGUGGAUGCCGACGUGCUGAUGGCGCUCGACAUUCUCGAGGCCGUCAAGGAACAGUACUAUGCGCGUGAGGAGAUUCCUGUGAGCGUCGUGGAGGGGGAACUCAAGCACCAGACGGUCAUGUGCCAAGCGUACAUUAUGCCAAUGAAAGAGGAACUGCUCAAGCUCAAGCGCGUUCCCGAGUACACGGCGGCCAUGCACGAGAAGUACCGCUCGCGUACAAAGACGCCGAGCCUUGAAGUGCUAGCGUGUCUGUAUGGAGAAGACGUGACGACUGCCGUGCAGAGCAAACUGGACGACGGCGUGGCCUUUGACGACGCGUGGAAGGCCGUCGUGGCGACGUGA